GACACCGCUGGAGCUGCGGACUUCCGCCUCCGAAGAGUUUCGUCUUUUACCGAAACAAAUCAGGAGAAAUGGACCUCCAGGACAGACUGGACGUCCCCGUGUUCACACAGGUAGACAGAGACAUUUUUCUGCGAGACAUUUACCCAGAGCGGCAGCCAGCUGUGCUCAGAGGUGUACCUCUUGGACCGUGCCUGGACAGGUGGACAGUGAAAUACCUCGGAGAGAAAGGAGGUAACAAAGAAGUGAAGAUUCACGUGUCUACUGUGCCAAAGAUGGACUUCCUUCACAAAAACUUUGUGUACAAGACUUUGCCUUUUAAUGAAUUCAUAAGCAGAGCAGCUGAGAAGAAACACAGUGUCUUCUUCCUCUGUGAGGAUGAGAGCUAUUAUCUACGAUCGCUCGGAGAGGAUGUCCGAAAGGAACCUGCUGACCUGAGCAAACAGUUCCCCGACCUGGCCCAAGACUUUCACGUCCCACAGUUCUUUGAACCUCAUCAGUUUUUUUCCAGUGUCUUCCGGAUCAGCUCCUGUGGGCUGCAGCUGUGGACGCACUACGAUGUGAUGGAUAACCUGCUGGCUCAAGUGACGGGAACAAAGAGGGUGGUUCUCUACAGCCCCCAGGAUGCAUUGCACCUCUACCUGACAGGGGAUAAGUCAGAGGUUCUGGACGUCGACUGUCCAGACCUGAAACAAUUCCCUGAGUUUGUGAAGGCCAAGCGGUACGAGUGUGUGCUGGAGCCUGGAGAUCUGCUGUUCAUACCUGCCCUGUGGUUCCACAACACGCACGCUCUUCAGUUUGGGGUCGGCGUUAAUGUGUUCUGGCGCCAUCUACCUUCAGAAAGCUAUGAUAAAAAGGAUCCUUAUGGCAAUAAAGACCCUUUGCCUGCAACUCGAGCCCUGCAGGCAUUGGAAAGAGUCUUACACAUGCUUGAUGAGCUCCCACCAGACUAUCGAGACUUCUACAGGCGCCGAAUGAUUCAACGCAUUCAACAGAGGGCAUUCUGUGAUGGUCAGACAAGUACAACACUCACUGACACAACAUCAGAGUGUCGCCCAUCAACUCAACCUGGAUAAAUGUCCAGAACUGUGACUGUGGCCGACACUCAGGUCGACUCCUAUUUGGAACAUAACAGCACCAGUUUCAGUCAUGUGGCCUCUGGAAACGUGCAUUUUUGUUCACCAAAAAUUAGUUUGACAUGGAUCAUGUUGAUUAUGAACAGACAAUCGUGAAAGGGAUGUUUGUUUGUUUUGUGGUGACAAGAAGUAGUUCACUCAUUUUUUGUGCCACCAUUUAAAAAAAACCAAAACGGUACACAAAUUUACCUUUGCUAUGAUGAGAUGAAAAUCUGAGUCUUGACUUAUUAUGAUCUCGUUCACGGACCCGCAACAAAGUAUUUACAUGCCUAAUGAGAUAGUUGUAGAUGUCCAGUUACUGGAUAUCAAGGACAGAUUUGCAUGCCAGCAUCUCCACAUCAUUGGCAGUAAAUAUGGGUCCUGAAGACUAAUCCACACACUCUGCGCUAUAUGUUUAUACUUUGCUGACUUCCCCACAAGAAGUAUUUUGCCGUUAGGUUACAUAAUUUUGGAACAUUCAUCUGCUGUAAACAAUUGAUUUCUUUCCACAUUUCCAUCCAACAUGGAGGUGUACCAUGUAUACCAUAGAGGGUGUGGUUUGAUGAUGUAAGUGCACACCUUUUAUUGGUAAAAGUGGCAGAAACAGUGCCAUGGAUGUGUUCAGUCUGUAUAACUGAUUGAAAUGGUGCAUUUACACACGGCCAAAACCAAACUUUUUUUUAACUUAUAAUUUCCAGAUAAGGCAUAUAAUUACAUAAAUAAGUCAAAAUGGUUGCUUGUUCAUGGUAUGUCACGGUGUAAUGUGGAUCAGGACUCUGAUCCACCUCAUCUUGGUAGACAUCUGAGGUACAAUAAGUCCUUAAUAUUAUAAAAAUAAAAAAGCUUUUAGCUACAGUGUGUAAGGUUUACAGUAUUUUCUGGACUAAGUUGCACUGGACUAUUAGGCACACCUGUACAAAAAAAUAAUAAAAAAAAUAAUUGGCCCAUUAUUUAUCUACUGCAUUAUGUAUUUACAACACAAACACCAGGUUGGCAAUCGAAAGUUAUAGAGGUAAUUAAUGUUAAUAUAUGAAGCACAAAAAAGAGUAAAUUACUUCUUGUCACCACAAAAGAAUCAAAUGUGCAUUGCAAUUAAACGUUUGAAAAGAAAUGUAUAUUUGUUUUUUGUUUUUAAAAGAUCAAUUAAUCACUGAUAUGUUACAUCGCAGGACUUCUUGGUUGCUGCUACUUUAAUUCAGUCCCAGAUUCCUUUGCAGUUGAAAGCAGCUGAAACACACGGCCUGCUGCAGAUGGUGAAAUGAUGCAACAAUCAGUGAAGCACAGACUUAUGUGGUUUGAGAGUUUAUUGCACAAAGAUUACAGUUCUUUGUUUCCUUCCAAACAUUUUAAAGCUUUGUAAACUGGAGCAGCAUGGUGUCGAUGUGCACGGUGUCUCCUUAUAACUGAGUCCCACUGUUGCCACAGUUCAGUCUGUCUCAGCAUUAAUGUGCACAACGCACAGAGAGCCAAACAGUGAUGUGAUCAGCUCAACAAUCCUCCUGGAUCUUAGAACAAGUGCAGUUACACAUGGUGAACCCGGCCACACUGAGCGCCAACAUCAGGUGAAUAAAUGAACUACGUGUGAAAGCUGGUGAUUUGUUUAAAUGCAUUUUUUUUCAUCUAUGUAUUACUGACUUUGCAGUGCUGCAUGUCCUCAAAAAACCUCCAAAACGCUGUUUCAACACAAAAGGCCCUAUAUUCACAAUCUAUUCCACACGGCGUAAAGUGCACAGCAAGUGCAUUUGGGGCUUGUCCAGCAGAGCAUAACAUGAGCACAAAGUAGGACACAAAUGCCUGAAUGGCCUCAGGAGGUCCUCAUGAGAUUCCACACAGAGACCCCUGCAGCUGUUUUAAUGGUAAGAUAAAAACUGUUCACUCUGAGAUGUGCUUUGAUGCAGAUAUGGGUUUUUUUCUGUUAUGUUUGGAGUGAUUAGACUUUAUAAUGUCUUUUGGUAUCAAAGCAUAGACAUUACACAUUUGAUGAUGCAUUAGAAGUUUAUACUGUAAAAAAGUAUAAAGAGCACUUUUUAAGCUGUUUGUUGGUGCUCCCUGCCCGCAGACCUGGGAAGUUGCGUGUGUGUGGGGGUACAAACCACUUAAGUGGCCACUUAUUGUGUAUUAACAUUUGUUUAUUUUUUUAUUUUUCUUGUCAACUUGCUUGCAUUUUCGUGUUGCACGCUAACAUACAAGUUUGUACGUGUGUUAUGAGCCCACGUAUGUAUGGUGCAUCUCAAUAUUGUCAUAAAUACCAGAAAAGUCUGUGUGACCACUUCAAAAACAUGGGUGCUGGACAUGAAAACGAAAACUGCAUCGGCUGGAAAUGAGCACUAUUUGCACUGUGCACCCACUUUGCACCGGGUGGAAGAUAGGGCCCAUAGCUGACGGACAUUUAAACAGGUUUGUUGUGGGUGCAAAUGAGGAAAAUACAUGUAGAUUUGCUGAAGACAUGACAGAGACAUCAAACCCGAUCUCAGCUGUGAAGAGGACGGGUCAUGUUAACUGUCUGACGGGUUUGUCUCCAGUAUUUCUGCGCUCCACGUGAGCAAGGCAAAUGAACGUGUUGACUCUUAAUCAGAUGCAGAAGCAGCAUCAGGAGAGACGGCAGUGCAGUGGGUUUUUUUUUUUUGUCUGGAGAAAAGUGUUCUUGGUACCGUUCAGUCCCAAUGCACAGAUCCAUGAGACUCACGGGUCAAAGACACGAAAUGGCACAUUCCUGGUUGGGUUUCUUUUUUCUUGGACUUGUGAUGACCCUGUUUGUUGAUUUUGUUCUUUUUAUAGUGUCGCUAUCAGGUGGACAA